AUUCUAGACUGAUACACCGCCAUUACAGGCCUGCUUCAUAAUUUCUCCGCCUAAAAACACAAAACUCGUCCAAACACGGAAGUGGCAUGACUAGAUAACUAUUUCAAUUUUUAGUGGUACUGGCAGUAUACUUCGACAGUUUAGCAGAUCAACAUGCAGGACCCAAAUGCAGAUACAGAAUGGAACGAUGUAUUGAGGGCAAAGGGAAUUCUUCCGCCUAAGGAAGAAAAAGAACUAACAGAAGAUGACAUUGUCGCCAUGGUAGAAAACACAAUAGAAAAUAAAGCUAAAGGUAAGGAUAUGUCUGACAUGGGGUUGGAUGAAUUGAAUGACAUCGAAGAUGAUAUAGAUGAAGAAGAAGAAAGAAUAUUCGAGGAAUACAGGCGUCAAAGAAUGGCAGAAAUGAGAGAAGCUCAGCAAAAGAACAAGUUUGGUGAGGUUCGUGAAAUCAGUAAAUCUGACUGGGUGACGGAAGUCAACAAAGCUGGUGAUGGAAUAUGGGUGGUUAUACAUGUUUAUAAACCUUCAAUUCCAUUAUGUAAAUUAGUAAAUCAACACAUAUCAAAUUUGGCUCAGAAAUUCCCGUCAACAAAAUUCCUACGCAGCGUGUCAUCUGUGUGUAUACCAAAUUAUCCCGAUAAAAACUUACCUACUAUCUUUGUUUAUCAUGAAAAUGUGAUGAAGAAACAAUUUGUUGGUCCAUUAGCCUUUGGUGGAAUGAAUUUAAAACAAAAUGAACUGGAAUGGAUGUUGUCACAAACAGGAGCAGUACAGACAGACCUUGAGGAGCCACCAAAGCCUGAAGUUAAAGAUGUUAUGAAUAUAGCAAUUAGAGAAAGUGCAAUAAACAGAGAUGACAGUGAUGAUGACUAUUGAUGAAUGUCAAAGUUUUUACCUGUCCCACUAUAAAAAACAACAACAAAAAUUUAGGGCAAGAUCAAGUGAGAAUUCUGAAAUGUUAUUUAUAGCAAAUGUGCCAAAAACAUUCAGUGUUUUUAAAUGA